GAUAUUUUACGAUUAAAUUGAAAGGUUAACUAAUUCGAACUUCAAUCAAUCAAAAGCUAUUUUGACAAUUCUCUGGGAGAGGAAUUUAUUGUAUGGCAUAUAGGCAAGAAUUUGUUUCAGAGAGCAAUCAAAGGUGGUUGCAAAAUGUUGCAUUCGACCCAAGUGAAAUACAUACAAAUAAAUAUUGCUUCCCGAUAAAGACUAAAAGUGCCGACUAAUCAUUUAGCUGGGUUAUCAAUUGCAUUUUAGUCGCAAGUGUAUAUUGAAAUAAUCGAAAAACGAAGAAAAAAAUGUCGAAAAAAAUCGUAAAGACGCAUAAAAAAGAAUUGAAGCUGAGUAAUUGUGGCUUCGAUCAUGAUCCUGUUGAGUCAAUCGUCCGUUCACAAUGGCAAUCCAGAUCGAAAAACAAUAUUUAUUUAAUUUACCGUUUGCUGGUUGCAAUAUUUGUGAUUGCGGUUGUAAUCGUUUCGAUGUAUUCUCAUAUGCAAAAAUACAGUUUUGGGCUAUUCUUCAUCUACUUGACACAUUGGGGCAUCUUAAUCAACAUGGUUGUUGGAGUUUUUGGUGCCAUAUUAGUCACUACUUGGCAUUUUCACACAGAUUUCCAAGAAAAUAUUCUAAAAAAUAGCGAAAUGCCAACUGCGUUCAAAAUAUAUUGGGCAUUGCACAAUAUUGCGUUAAUCACGUCGUUUGCUGUAACGAUCAUUUACUGGUCAAUAUUGCAUAAUGACAAAAUACCCAUUAAUGCCCCUAAUAUACUUUCACAUGCAAUGAAUUCGGUAAUUAUGUUUUUGGACAUAUUAAUUGUCGCGCAUCCUUUAAGGCUGUUUCAUGUCAUUCAACCGAUUUGCUUUGGAGUGUCCUACGGAAUUUUUUCAUACAUAUAUUAUUUGUGUGGCGGUGUAAACAUACUUGGAAAUCCAUUUAUUUAUAAUGUAUUGAAUUGGGCGGAACCUGGAAAAGCUAUGGUUACAGUGUUUGGUACUCUAGACCUAGCUAUUAUAGUUCAUGUGAUCCUGUUCUGGAUUUAUAAAUUGCGAGUUUUCAUUCAACGUCGAUACUUCAGUACGGAAUUUAUUUUGCCAACCACAGCGCCGAGUCAACGACUAAAUAGAUCACAAAUGGGCUCACAAAUUUCAAUGGUGUUUGCUGAUGAUGAGGGCUGCACAAAUGACGCAUUUAAAAAUACACAAACAAAAUAUACACAUAAUUAAGAAGAAAUUAAGAUAAUAAGAAUAAAAAUAGAUGCGUCGUAUAUCACAUACGAUAUUUGAGACAGUGAAAGUGAUUCGCUGUUACUAGAUAUUUGUAAUGAUUGUUUAGUGUUAUGGAUUAAGGUUCACAUUAUUGAAUUUUCGAAACGAACAUAAUUUUAAUUCGAAUCGAUUUUUUUCUAUGAGAUUUUCACUUUUAUAACGCAUAGUAAUCGAAACGAACGCUUUAAAGAAAACCUGAAAUGGGAACAAAAUAAAACAAAGAACAUAAAACCAAAUCAGUUACGAUUUGUGCGAAUUCAAAAUAUUUCUAUGGAUCAUAUUGAUAACGUUGCAAAAAAAUUAUAAAAUUUAAAUAAAUAUUCUGUGAUUUGUGUGACAAA